UCCAUUUACAGCAUUCUCCGACCUCCUCUUAAAACCCUAAACCCCAACUGCCAUACAUUUAACCUAAUGCUCAUUUCGGCUACCGUCUGCUGAAAAAUUCGCCUGGAGCUUUGCUUCCAGGUAACUAAGUUUUUUCUUCUUAAAACUUCUUGUCCAUUUGAAUAUUUAUGAAUGAUUAAUCUAGGAAGAAGAUGAAAAUCGAGAGAUACGACACCGACAUCUCCUUUCCUCGAUUGCAAAUUUUUUUAGAAACUAAUGGAGUUUGUUGGAUACUGUUCUGUAUUGUGCAUAAGCCUCAACUCUUGGAAUUCCUGAAGAUUUGUGAGAUAACCAUAUUUAAGAGCUUUGUGUUCGUAUAUUAAUUCAAUUCCCUUGUUGAGAAUGAAUCGAGCUUUGCAGCCCAAACAUGUAGCUGCUGUAAUAAGAUAUCAAAAUGAUCCCCUAAAAGCACUCAGAAUGUUCAACCAAGUGAAAACCGAAGAUGGUUUCAAGCACACAUUGGAAACGUAUAAGUGCAUGAUUGAGAAGCUUGGCCUUCAUGGACAAUUUGAAGCUAUGGAGGAUGUGCUUGCUGAAAUGAGGAAGAAUUUCGAUAACAAAAUGCUUGAAGGAGUAUAUAUUGGAAUUAUGAGGGACUAUGGAAGGAAAGGAAAGGUCCAAGAAGCUGUUAAUGUGUUCGAAAGGAUGGAUUUUUAUGAUUGUGAGCCAUCGGUUCAAUCAUAUAAUGUCAUCAUGAACAUUUUAGUUGAAUACGGGUAUUUCAAUCAAGCUCACAAAGUGUAUAUGAGGAUGAAAGAUAUUGGAAUUUAUCCAGAUGUUUAUACACACACAAUUAGGAUAAAGUCCUUUUGUAGAACUGGUAGGCCAAGUGCUGCCAUGAGGCUGCUUAAUAAUAUGCCUGCCCAGGGAUGUGAGUUCAAUGCUGUUUCAUAUUGCACUGUGAUUGGUGGAUUUUAUGAAGAGAACUGUCAAAUUGAGGCAUAUCACUUGUUCGAUGAAAUGCUUAAGCAAGGUAUCUGUCCUGAUAUUUUAACAUUCAAUAAGCUCAUUCAUGUUCUUUGUAAGAAGGGUAAUGUUCAAGAAAGCGAGAAACUCUUCAACAAGGUCCUGAAGAGGGGAGUGUGCCCAAAUUUGUUCACAUUCAAUAUAUUCAUUCAGGGACUUUGUAGAAAAGGUGCAAUAGAUGGGGCUGCUAGAUUGUUGGAGAGUAUCAUAUCAGAAGGUCUAACUCCUGAUGUAGUUUCGUAUAAUACGCUGAUUUGUGGAUUCUGUAAACAUUCUAAAUUAGUAGAAGCAGAGUGUUAUUUGCAUAAAAUGGUGAAUAAUGGAUUUGAGCCCAAUGAAUUUACCUAUAAUACAAUUAUUAAUGGAUUUUGCAAAAUGGGUAUGAUGCAAAAUGCAGAUAAAAUUCUUCGUGAAGCAAUGUUUAAAGGGUUCAUGCCUGAUGAAUUCACAUAUAGCUCUUUAAUUAAUGGAUUAUGCGACUAUGGAGAUAUGAACCGAGCCAUGGCUGUAUUUAAUGAGGCAAUGGAAAAGGGAUUUAAGCAUAGUAUUAUUCUCUAUAAUACAUUAGUAAAAGGGUUGUCCAAGCAGGGACUUGUUUUGCAGGCCUUGCAGCUGAUGAAAGAUAUGAUGGAGCAUGGUUGUAGCCCUGAUAUUUGGACUUACAAUUUAGUUGUGAAUGGGUUGUGCAAGAUGGGUUGUCUAUCUGAUGCCAAUGAACUUCUAAAUGAUGCUAUUGCCAAAGGUUGUAUUCCUGAUAUAUUUACCUUCAAUACAUUGAUUGAUGGUUACUGUAAACAACUUAACUUGGACAAAGCCCUCGAGAUUUUAGACACAAUGUUGAGUCAUGGUAUAACUCCUGAUGUGAUUACAUAUAACACACUCUUAAAUGGCCUUUGCAAGGCAAGAAAGCUAGACAAUGUGGUGGACACUUUUACAGUUAUGCUUGAGAAGGGGUGUACACCAAACAUAAUUACAUACAACAUAUUGAUUGAAAGUUUUUGUAAAGAUCGAAAAGUUAGCAAAGCAAUGGACAUGUUCGAGGAGAUGAAAACUAGAGGUUUGACUCCAGAUAUUGUUACUCUUUGCACCUUGAUUUGUGGGUUAUGCAAUAAUGGAGAGCUGGAUAAAGCUUAUCAGCUAUUUGUGACACUAGAGAAAGAAUACAAAUUCUCAUAUUCAACAGCUAUAUUCAACAUUAUGAUCAAUGCUUUCUGUGAAAAACUAAAUAUUAGUAUGGCAGAGAAGCUCUUUCAUAAGUUGGGUGGCUGUGACUGUGCUCCAGACAAUUACACCUACCGUGUCAUGAUAGAUUCUUACUGCAAAACAGGGAACAUUGACCCUGCACACGCCUUUCUCCUAGAAAAGAUCAAUAAAGGGUUGGUUCCAUCAUUCACAACCUGUGGAAGGGUUUUGAACUGUCUUUGUGUGAAGCACAAAUUAAGUGAGGCAGUUGAUAUUAUCAACCUUAUGGUGCAGAAUGGCAUUGUUCCUGAAGAAGUGAAUUCAAUAUUUGAAGCUGACAAGAAGGAAGUAGCUGCACCUAAAAUUGUUGUAGAAUAUCUAUUGAAGAAGUCCCAUAUCACAUACUAUAGUUAUGAACUGUUGUAUGAUGGAAUUCGGGAUAGGAAGUUGGACAAAAAAAAGUUCAAGAGAAGCCCAUCCCUAGGUUCAGGAAAGAGGCAUGUGAAUCUUCAUCGACCUAUUUAAAAGAUCAAAAUGUGACGCAGAAGUUAGAUCUCACAUACAGUAGAAAAAAGAUGCUACUAAGUAGUGUUUCGGACAUAUCAACCAUAUCGAUUCUUAUUGGCUUAUGCUUUGCUAGUUCUGCCAGAUAAUAUAAGCUGUCUUCUUUUGGGUGUUAUUGCUUUCUAGGGAUCCUGAAUCUUAUUGGAAAUCCACAAAGAUUAAGAAGUUGUAAAGUAGAGGCUCAAGUGAGAAGAUAAGGUAGAGAAUCUGCAGACGAUGCACAAGGAUGAUUGUGCCUUUUACUACUGAAAAUGUAUAGAAGGAAACUAAACCAGGCACAAACAUGGGUUGGACUGAAAAAUAUGACACGAAUUAGAAUAAUUCCUAAAAAAAUUGGUUUAUAUUAAUGAAACAUGUAUAUUUUCUUUAUUGGCAAUAACACAUUGAGAACCUAACUCAUCUUUUUGGGAUUUUAGAGUUUUAAAGCUGAUAUAUUUCAACUUGAUUCAAAAGUCACACUUGAAGUUCCUGGUCUGCUCUUUUGUCUCCUAUACUGCACAUUAGGUGGUUGUUCUUUCUUCUUUGCCUGGUUGCUGCCACAAUUGUCAACAACUCUUGUGUUGUCAUCUUCCAGUUUCAUGCCAUAGUACCUUUCAGCUCUGAACACUCCAACCUCCUCUUCUGCACUUGUCUUCUUCAUGUUUUUGGAACACAGCCUUUUGGUUUGCACUGAUAGCAGAAAGAAGUUGCUGCUAUUCAGCUUUCGCAGGAGGAUUCUUCUGCACAAAUUUGUCUUCAGUUGGUACAAGAUAUGAAGAGAUCAAAACAUUGGCUAGAUGGGGUUAGCAUUCACUUUCCAUAGUCCACACAAAGACAGGAAACUGUAGAAAAGUUGAAAGAUCUAGAUGGCUCAAGGAGUUGAAAAGAACACCGAGGGGAAGAAGAGAAUAAAGCACACAGAAUGAAAGGGGAGAGAAGCUGAUGAGAAGAGCAGAAAUGGACAAGAAAAAAGUGCAGAAUGGACAAAGACCAGUGUUGAUGAUAUACAGGAGUUUAUAUAGAGAUUUCAAGUCAAAGACAAGCUUUUAAGAAAUAAAAAGAUGGGAAAGGAAAGAAGCUGAUUAUGGCAAAGAAGGUUGCAGACAGUGUGGCAAGUUGGAAACCCAUUCCCAUCUUAAGUGUCAAAGGAUUGGAUCAUAGACACUAAAAAGUAUUAAAGAAAAAAUGAAGGGUUACUACUACUUGAUUUGGCUUUCAUCAAACGCCCAUUAAUCAUUGAUUAGAGUAGUAGAUAUGGUUGUGUAAACUAAAAGAUUUCUCCAACUGUUUCAGAUGACCUUUCACAAACAGACACUACCGUGCAUGGAAAACCAUAUAAUUGUUGAAUUUAGACUUGGAAACUGAAAAGUUUGUUGUCUUCAAUUCUAUGCUUAAAAGCCACAUGGUACAUGCUUUUUUAUUUUUCCAAGAAUUGCAAAGGCAUUAAAUAUUCCCGUGGUUUUUCACAUUUUGUUCUUCUGGAAAAAUAUGGAAAGAGACCAUAUGGAAAUAGGAUAGUAUUACCUCUAAUAUAUGGCUCUCCUUUUUGAAUCACCUGCGUAUAGAUGUUGGAAAAACAGAAAGAAAUGUUUAAUUUUGUCAAAUGACAAAAAGACUAGCUAUUGACGAUA